CUCACGCACUCACUCGCACACGCACGCACUCGCGCACUCGCUUGGUCGCUCUGGAGAGCGGGAGCGGGCCACUCCUCUCCAUAGAAUCCUCACCUAAUUUCUAGCUCACCUGCUAUAAUCCUCGCGGGUUUUAGCGACCAUCAUUGGUACAUGCUCGGCUAAUCACACCUUGGACGACAUCAGCUGCGGACCAUCUCCGAGAUAGAGUCGUCCGCCUGGCGCAGGAAUCCACAGCCGCGAUGAAACCGACACCCGUGCGGGCUCGGUGGCGGACGAUGGUGUGGCUCUGGUGCGUGCGGUGAUUUGGCGCUUGGGCGUGGAAUCGCGGGGUGGUGUCAGUAGGGUGGCGUCGAAGUUUGGGGUUGGGGUUGAAUUUGUUGCUAUUGUGGUGGAAGUGGAGAAUUAGGUGUGGGGGUAGGAUCUGAUGGCAAUGGAGCCCGAUGACAUAGGGGUGGUGAUGACAAGAGCUAGUGAGCUGCAUGCCAGCAUUUGCGAUGCCAUCGAGAGAGUGAGCCAGUCGCGUCAUUUAGGGGAUGGGUUGCUGGACAAUGGCGCCGCGUACGACGAUGACGAGGCUGGGGUAGGGGGGAGUUCGUUCGAGGAGGAGGUGCGCAGCUUGGAAUGCAUUCGGGACGCGCUGGAGGUGCUGGAAACGCAGCUGGAGUCGCUUCAGUCUGUACAACAGCAACAGCGUAUCCGAAAGGACGCAGCGUUAGCGGAGCUUGAGGAAAGCAGAAGAGUUCUGUUGCAACGGCUGAAAGAGCACCAUGGCAGGGAGAUGCAAGUGGUGGAGGAAGCGAUGACAUUCGCAGGGGAGCCAGUGAAGAAGACGGACGACCUUCCCCUACCGCCCUACCUCCACCCCGUCUCUCAUUCAAUAUACAGCGAGUCUCCAGUAUUCCGAUCAGUCAAAGCGGAAAAACCCAGUCUUGUGAAGCAGCUGGAUGACCGAUCAUCUUUUAAUGACGGCCUCUUCCUUAUAGAUGAACCCGUAUCGGAUUCGGAAGCUGUGAACACUGGGAUGGGCACUGAGUCGGCCGCUGAGAAGCGCAUUGAGAUGCUCACCGACGUGGGCAGCGACAUGACCACGGAUACUCGCGCUGCUGAUAUGAGCACAACGACGCACAGAGGCGAAGCAACUAGUGCAUCACCCGGCGGGCUUUCUAGGGUUUUCAGCGGCAUGAUCACAUUCACAGGAAAAGUAUUGUUAGUGGCAGUAUCGGUUGUUGCAAUUUUCGCUGCUUCGGAGUUCAACCCCAAGUCUCCGAACCCCAGAAAGUCGUCGGAUGAAGUGGAGCCCAGACCGGCCGCAGCGCCACAGCAGCAACUGCACCUGCAAACCGCUCCGCGGCCAGUGUCAGAGCCAGCAACCAGGCCAGAUCCGCGGUCAGAACCCAGGUCGAGGCCGACGCCGAUCUUCGAGUGCCCGCCCGGUUACAAGCGCAUCGAAGACGACGGCGUGGUGAAGUGCAUCGUCAAGGAGCGCGUGGAGCUUCCGUUCCCUCGCGGUCUCAAAACUCCUGACGUCCUGCAUGGCCGCGGCUGAUCCGAAUCGCCUCCAUUGCCGCAUCGUUGACGCUUCGAUCAACAUCUGUAGAAUACGGAAUCCCGAAACUUUGCGAGCCUCGCAUCGAAUCGGCUCCCGCACCGACGCUCCAGCGCGCUUGAGUAGGUGCGUUCGGGGAAAGCUUUUGUUAGAUUAUGGCUUCUCUCUAGUUUUGCUUCGGUGGCUGUAAUUCGAUCUUGCGGGUGAGACUUUGAAUUGCUUAUUGUAGCUGAAUUGCUUUUUGUUUUUCCUGCAUCACUUCUUUGCUUUGGAUUGCUUUUCAAUGGAUACCACACACUCCAAAUUUGUGGGAAUGGCUUGAAGGCAACUCUUGUUGGAAGAGUGUACGUUUGGGUGCAAAGUUUUAGGGUUGCAAUUAGGGCUGUGGUGGUUUGGAAUUUUGGGAAAUGGUUAAGUGGGUCCAAAGUGCCUUGUAUGGUUUAAUUCUAUGUUCAUUUUGGAAUUUUGGUUUA